AUUGAAAAGAAAUUCAGGGCAUGUUACAUACUGUACAAGAUACUGAAGGCAUUUCUUCUAGAUGUAUUGGUUAAGUCGAAGUUUCGUCCAACCACACGAUGUCGCAAGAGGUGCGUUUACCUCAAAAUGAGACAAGGGCUUUUAACUGCUACAAAGUAGCAAAUGUAGUUUUAUUAUUAUUGUCGAGAGUUAGCCCAUUUUACAUCAUCCACAAUCUCUACGUGCAUAGAUUUAACCAGGCACGUAGCUUUAAGAUGCAUUUUUAAAUCUUAAUGCAAGUAAUAUCUAGUUCAAGUUUAUCACCAUCUUUGUUCAUGUACACAUGCUUUGCCAUAAAAAAAACGUAAUUGCUAAUUUGGUCAAACAAAGCUCUUCAGCACGUCACAGCAUUAGGAAGUGAGAAAUGAAACAAGUCCCUUUAAGAAAAGUCUGCUCACUCGAGGCCAUUCAAUUAUUUAUUAUUACGUGGGGAGGACACGAAUGUAUAAAAUAGCAAGCUCAGUAAAAAACACAUUUGCAUUAAACAUAAAUGGUUGUGUUGAGCUCAAAUUGCGCAACGAACUUUGACUCUUUCUUUGUUUGUUUUAAAGAAACACAACUAUGUACAGAGCGCCUCCCCCAGACAGAUAACCUUUUGUCUUUCACUGAGACGGGCGGUCCUUGCUUUCAUAUGAAAUGUUGCACUUUUCCAUAUUCAAUGUAAUAGCAAGGCAACGUCUUGUUAAUAGCAACGAUCUUUAACGAAACUGACUCUAGGACGUCAUGCGUCUGCGGUUUUCAAUGUUUUGUAAAACAGCGAUUUCCUGUUAAUAUACAACUGAGUGUCAUCGGCAGUACUCCUGCCAUCAUGAGCAACCCAAGAAGACCGAGCGGUGCCCGCGCAAAAGAUCCUGUUCCACCUGUCAACAAAGCUCAAACAAAAGGCAAAGGAAAGAGUCAAGAACAGAGGGGUCCUUAUAAUAGAGAUAGAAACAGCGAACCCACAGAGAGCCCCGCGGACACCCCCAACGGAAGAGCGCACACACGGAGAAGCGGCAGGGAAAAGCGGACUGAAAGUCAAGACAGCCUUGCCAGGAGUACGUCCGAUAGAAAAAAAGCCGCACCAUUAAGACAAACAAACGGCAACACACAGAGUAAAAAACAAAAAGACUGUGAGAGAGAUGAAGCUUUACAGACGUCAGAAAGCAAAACUGAAGAUCUGCGCACAACAGAAGAGAAAAACGAAAGAGCGCGCAAAUCUGCUCCCAGUAAAUCCGGCACUUUCGCUGUGGCGCACGCGCCAGUCAAUGACGCACAGAAGAGCGAAAAAAGCGAUAUACAGAGUAAACCGAAGAUAGAAAGUCGAAGCCAAUCUUCUACAAUCGUGUCCGAUAUAAACCCCACAACAAUACAAGCAAACAUUAAGCGACAGAGCAGAAAACAAAAAGAUCGUUCAGACAGUGACAGCGUCAAAGACGCAUCUCCGGAGCUCUCCGACAGGACGUCUCAGGAAAAACGCAAACCAAAACUUACAAAAAAGCAAAAUUCUCAGAACGCAGAGAGCAUGGAAGAGGACACCAGGACGCAUCAGAGUCCCAUCAAAAAUGAACUAGAAAAAGUCCUCCAAGCGACUAUUGAAAAGUUAAAGAUAAAAGCAAUUGAGAGAUCAAACGCGUCCAGAUGUGUUAAUGACAUCACAAAAAAGGUUGUUACACAUCUAAAAAAAAUGAUGACAUGGUGUUGUGAUAUCGAGUCCUUAACAACUGGAAGUUAUUAUGAAAACGUUAAAAUUUGUGAGCCUGAUGAAUUUGAUGUUAUGCUGACUAUUCCUGUGGAAAGGGUGGAUAUCCAUGAGUUCAAUGACAAUGGAGCCUUUUACAGCAUUGCACUGAAACGACAUCCAAAUAAACAUCCUCUGAAUAGUUUUCUAAAUGAGGACAAGACAAUCCGGGCCAGUGAAAUGCUGAAUGAAUUCAGAGAAGGUGUCAAGGAGGCUGUGGAGUCACUGGAAUACGACAUUGUUGUACAGCGCAAGAAGCAAAAGUGUCCCGCAGUGACACUGGAGGUAACUGAAAAUGGAAAAGCGAUUUCCAUUGAUUUUGUUCUUGGGCUUAAGGUUAGCGGCAGUUGGCCGAUUCACACAAAAGGCGGUUUUCAAAUAGAAAAUUGGCUUGGAACCAAGGAGAAAAAAAGUCUGAAGGGCCAACCAUACUACCUGGUACCCAAAUAUGAGGGAAAUGGAAAAGUGGAGCAUGGUGGAGUUGUUGCAAAGGAUGCCUGGCGGAUCUCUUUUUCACAUAUUGAAAAAGACAUUCUGAAACGGCAUGGCCAUUCCAAAACCUGCUGUGAGGUUAAUGGAAAGAAAUGCUGCAGGAAGGAAUGUCUAAAGCUCUUGAAGUAUCUGCUAAGUCAACUCAAAAAGGAGCACUCGGAUAAGAUGUCCAAGUUCUGCUCCUACCAUGCAAAGACAACCUUGCUCCACGCUUGUGCUACAAAGCCAGAAGACAGCGAGUGGGCAUAUGAUCAACUGCCCAACUGCUUCCUGCUGCUUUUGGAUGACUUUGUCAGAUAUUUAAGAAACCAAGAUCUCCGUAACUUUUUUGUCCCAGCCCAAAAUCUCUUGCAUCAGGACAAUCUGCCCAAGAGCAACUGUGAAUUUCUGGUAAAACAAAUUGAAAUCCAAAGAAAACAAAAUUUUCCUAUAUUUAAAUAACUUCUGAUUUUCUAUGAAUUGUAUUGAUCCUCACUUUCACCUUGAAAGUUGUAUUUGAAAAUAAAAUUCAAGAAGUAUCUUUCAAGUUGUUCAAGUUCUUUAU